CAAUAUAAGCGGAACAUGGGCCCAGCAUCCGCAGUCAGCCAUCAGUCAUUCGGUCAUUCAGUGCCCAGUAAAAUAGUGCCCGCUCGCCGCCCAAUACGCACGAUGAGUCGAAUGGUUGUGUUACUAUUUGCAGCUGUAAUAGCUGUUACAGCUACACAGGCAGAAGAGGAAUUGAUAGCGGUCGUUCGCCUGACAUCAUUUUCCUCCGUGAGAAAUGUCACGGGUAAUUUGAAGAUCGUUCAGACUCCUCUGGAUGGACCUGUUACUAUCACCGGCAAGAUCUAUGGACUCACAGAGGGGCCACACGGUUUCCACGUGCACGAGAAGGGAGAUUUGAGCAUGGGUUGCACAUCUGCGGGAGCGCACUUCAACCCUGAGAAUGUCACUCACGGCGCCCCGGAAGAUACUGUCCGACAUGUCGGCGAUCUAGGAAAUAUCCAGGCCAAUUCUGCGGGAGAAGCGACAAUAAAUAUCACUGACAACAUUAUCUCGCUGAGAGGAUCGAACAGCAUCCUGGGACGGUCUAUAGUUGUACACUCCGGCGAGGACGAUCUUGGCAAAGGAAAUAACUCUCUCUCUUCGACAACCGGAAAUUCUGGCGAUCGUUGGGCCUGUGGUGUCGUUGGCAUCGAGUCGCCACCGUACGCCAAGUGGAGUUCUCAUGGCUCAUUUACUACACCGAGCGUAUCGACCCUUGUGAUAUUCUUCCUCAUCGCCACUUAUCAACAUCUCAAGUUCUAACGAUCCCGCGGGAGCUCCAAGUAAUUUCGUGUCUUGUUCAAAGAUAAGUAAAUUGCAUUUGCAUUUACAUCUUGAACUGACGAACAACGAGAGCUGUGACCAUCGAUUAUUCGUCAACAAUAUUAGCAGUCGACAAAAUUUUAAUCAGUUAUAGAGCAUCGCGGAGUAGCGUUAUGUUAUGUUAGCGAUCGUUAUUUUGAUGUAAAUGUGACUUACCGGCCAAUUACUAUAAAUCUCAUUGGAAUAAACUGACGACUGGACGACUCGUCAGUGACGAGUAGUUCGAUUUUAAUUAUAUUUACAAUGUACGAGUAUCUGUAAAACGUCAAACUAUCUGCUCAAAUUAAUACCGACUAAAAGAUCAGUUGUUUAACUUAAAUAACGAUACAACGAAAAUUUUCAUACUAAAUAUAUUUAUAUAUUGUGCAAUAUUAAUAUUAUUUAGAAAUACUUAAUUCACCAUAAGUCUGAAUGAAAAAUAAUUUGUUUAAAACGCGUCUAAUGUGCGUCAAAUAUAUAUCUAUAUAUUGUGAAUUACAUAUUACAAUUUGCAAUAUAUAUUGCAUCUACUUAAUUAGUUAAUUAAGAAUUACAUCGAAUAUAAUUGGUCAACUUGUAAGUGUUGUUUACGAUAUAGUCAGUUUCAUUAUUUGUAUCUUUAAUAUAGUAUGAUGCUAUGAUUUCUUUGUAUUCGUAACGCGCACUUUUGCAGGGUAAACCUAGGCUAGUAUACAGCUACAUUUUUGUUUACAAUUAUAUUCUUCGAUUUUUAAAAUGCAGACACAUUAAUUAAUUAAA